UGGACCAAUAACUGUAACUAGUCACAAAGACCAUUCUUGAAGGAUUUUUCCUACUAGGGAACUCUUUUAGUUGACUUAUUUAUUGCUGUUUGACUCUUUAUAUAUUCAGACCUUCUUGCGAUACACAAACAGGCAAAUAAAAAGGAACGCAUAGCUGUUGCAAAAUGAUGUUACUCUUUUUGGUGACUGCAGCUUCCUUCUUAGUUUUUUCAACAGGAGCACCUUUAACAGGUGCUGGCGUUGGUCUCCAUAAUUUUUUCAAUGUAUAUGUCGGAAUGAGCCCUCCAAGACCUGCUGCAAACAAUUUGUUACCCAACCAACCGAAACAGCAGAUUGUGAGGCAGCAACCUGACGACGAACGCAACCCCAAACCGUGGACGUUCGAGUCGGACAUGUCCCUGACUCCCGCUCAAAUGAGGGCCAUAAAAAUGGACAUACUGAGGAGGCGGAUCGGGGUCCCCAUCAGGACGCGGAAAAUUGUUGCUGACGGGAGAUAUUACUGGCCAAACGCUGUCAUUCCGUACGAAACUCGAAGCUUGGAAUUUACCGUUUCCAACAACCUUGACGCUGCCAUAAAAAUGUGGGAACAGCUGACUUGCAUCCGCUUUGUCGCUAGAACACCGGCAAAUAUGAGACAGUACAAUGAUUACGUCACCAUUCAACAAACAGUCGACGGGUGCGAAUCCAGGGUUGGUCGCAUUGGAGGACAACAAGUUGUGAACGUUUCCAAUGGAUGCGGGGCUGGUAGUAUUGCCCACGAACUUGGACACACGUUUGGUUUCGUUCACGAACAAUCAAGAUCGGACCGAGACCAGCACAUUCAAAUCGUUAAUGGCAAUAUCAUACCCGGAAAAGAAAACAACUUCCAGAAAUAUUCCAACAAAAAGGUGUACACCUACAAUUUGACCUACGACAUUGGAUCUUUGAUGCAUUAUAGUGACAAGGCAUAUUCGAGAGACGGGGAGUCUAAAACCAUAGUAGCACGUGAUACGCUUGUGCAGUCCUGGAUGGGACAGAGAGACGGGCCGAGUUUUCUGGACAUCAAACUGGCAAACGAGGCCUAUAUGUGUGACCGAAGAUGUAGAACCAAUUUCGUCUGUCAGAACGGUGGAUUUAUCGGUCCUAACUGUAACUGCAUCUGUCCGUACGGGAUCAGCGGCUUCACGUGCGACGAAGUGGCGAAAUCUACUCCUAAUUGCGGGGGAACACUGCGAGGAGAAAACGGCACAAUCCUUUCCCCAAAUUAUCCCAACGACUACUACAGUAACACUGAAUGCCAUUGGCUGAUCGAAGGCACGUUCGAUUUCCUGAAGUUGACCUUCCGGGACUUCCACACCGAAGAUCAGUACGAUAUUCUCGACAUCCGGGUGUACGGACCGGAAAGGGUCGGCCAGAGGAUUUCAGGAAAUAAUUUUGGAGACAAAGUAAUCUACUUUAGCAGUAACAAACUUCUCCUGCACUUCACUUCCGACCAAAACACGAACUUCCGGGGAUUCCGAAUCGAGUACUGCAGCAUUCAUACCAUUGACAUUGAUUCCCACUAAAGUUGCGUUCAGUUCACGUCAACAAACGAGAUGAUGACGUUUUGACCAAGAGAAUUAUGAUCUAUGUCCAUGUUAACAUGUGAUCUAUAGACUUUGUACACUUAUAUAUCCAAAUGAAUCUCAAAAGGCGUGUGCAUUUUGUUAACUUUUUUAUUUUACAAUUUUUUUCUUUGUUGCAAUAAAAUUACUCAUUUAUACUUGACGUUUUAACUUAAUUUUAAUAAAACUCAAACGGAUUUAAAAGGUUUAUAGCCAUCUAUAUGAAAUAAUGUUAUACAUAUAGAGAAGAUUGUGGACUACUUAGUUAUUUUUCUGUAAGCUACAAGUUUUAAGUAACUGUGGUUACCAUCUGUAAGCAUUUAUAAAUGUAAAGAAAUUUGGCUCCUCAAUUUUUAUGCUCUAGGAACAAAUAACGGGUAAAAAUUCAUCAAUAAAAUUUACUGCUAAUGUAUAAAAAGAACACAUACUACCUUAGUUUAUCAUACGGUAUGAUUGAAUAAAAAGAUACCCAUCAAUAUUUCAAGAGCAUUUCCAUUGAAAUCUGAAAUACUAUACAUGAAGUACAUGUACUAUAUUUCGCAAAAAGCUGAGAAGUUUUCAACAUGAAUAUUUAAGAACCAACAAAGUGUAACAUAGCAUACAAGCAAAGCUGUACAAAUGCAUUGUCAACAAAUUUACUCACAAAAUUUGCAGGAGUACCCUUACUUCCAAAAUAUAUAAGACCAAACAUUGUUAAUUUAAAUGAAAAUGUUUCCAUUAUAUGUAUUUAGAUGAAGAGGUACAUUUUAUAAAAUAAAACAUCCAUUUAAUCUAAUUUUUCCUGAUUCAUUACGUAAAUAAAGAUAUAGGUUCAAUAAAAUCUUGUUUGGAACAAUUUUCAAAUAGAAUUUUCAUAUACCAACCAAAAUGAUAAUUAGAUGAAAUGCACUGUUAUUUCUGACAGAACAAGAAGUAAUGGUAGCGAAAAAUGUGCCAUGAAGGAUUUGUUUACUUAUCAAUAUACAUGUGUAUUCAAUAUGAAUGAUAAUGCUUAAAGACGGAGCCACUAACAAACAAAAUACUUCAACAUAAAACACUGUUAUUAUUAAAAUUUAUUUACAAUUUUACAUUUUGUAUCUAAAGAAGAAAUAAACUUAACAUUUUAGCAGAUUUAGUGUUAGACAUUCUAAUUUUUCUUGGGUCACCUGUAUCGGGGGAAAAAAAAUGGGGUACAGGUAUAUCGGGACUUGAUUGAUAGCCCAAGGUUGUUUUUUUUUCAUGGUUAAACCUCAAGAUUAAUGCACAUUGCAUAACAGAAAGACAAACACCUUCCAGCAGAGCAUAAUGAAAAGACCUUGA